ACUGCUAUGUCUACAUACUAAUAAAACAUUUCAUUAAGGUGCCAGUUUCUUUAUCAAACCCAGCAAAUUCUGUGCUUUCAAUGUCUCUGUAGGCAUCAUAUGUCAGAUGGAGCUGGUGGAUAUUUUCAUACAGCAGUUGCCAGCAGCGUGUACUCGACAGCAGUAACUAUGCCUGUGGCAUUGAUGCCCACCGCUGGAAGCCCCUCCCUUCUCCUUUCUGCAGUUCCCCAUUUGGCGCAGUGAUGGACACGAGUACAGACCCCGGGUGCGGCCCUGAGCCGGGCGCGUCUCCAGACCCUGAGCCCCAGGCGGAGCUUGCCGCGAUGGUGGCAGCGAUUGGUGUGACGACUGAGAAGGAGACGGUGGCCGGUAGACCCCAGGUGGAGGGUCUCAGGAAUGGACAGGACAGCAGCUCCAGGAAGCUGGCCCCACGGCCCCUUCUGUCCAAUAGGAAGAUGUCACUGCAGGAGCGCGGUACCUACCUGGGCGCUGGAGGUGGGGGCUACUCCCACAUAUCCCCUAGGGUGGCUCGGAGACCCACCAUCGAGUCUAAACAUGUGUCCAUCUCAGACACCCAGGAUUGCAUCCAACUGAACCAGUACAAGCUGGAGAGCGAAAUUGGAAAGGGCUCCUAUGGGGUGGUGAAGCUGGCGUACAAUGAGGAUGACGACAGGUAUUAUGCAAUGAAAGUAGUUUCCAAAAAGAAGCUGAUGAAGCAAUAUGGAUUCCCUCGUCGUCCACCUCCACGUGGAGUGAAGGCGGCUCAGGGGGUGCAGCCCAAGGUUCUAGGGCCACUGGAGAGGGUCUACCAGGAGAUUGCAAUCCUUAAGAAACUGGACCACCUCAACAUUGUCAAACUAGUGGAGGUACUGGAUGACCCCUCUGAAGACAACCUCCACAUGGUAUUUGAGCUCAUGCAGAAAGGCCCAGUGAUGGAGGUACCUACAGACAACCCAUUCACAGAGGAACAGGCCCGCAUAUACUUCAGGGACAUUGUGCUGGGCAUUGAAUACUUGCAUUACCAGAAGAUUGUCCAUCGGGACAUCAAGCCUUCCAACCUGCUCUUGGGGGAUGACGGACAUGUCAAGAUCGCAGAUUUUGGCGUCAGCAACCAGUUUGAGGGAAAUGACGCGCUGCUGUCGAGCACGGCCGGCACGCCAGCCUUCAUGGCCCCAGAGACGCUGUCUGACAACCGAAAAAGUUUCAGCGGGAAGGCUCUUGACAUUUGGGCGAUGGGAGUGACACUCUACUGUUUUGUCUUCGGGAAGUGCCCCUUCAUCGACGAAUAUAUCCUGGCUUUGCACAACAAGAUCAAGAACAAACCUGUGGAGUUUCCUGAAACGCCGGUCAUCAGCGAGGAGUUGAAAUCUCUCAUCCUUAGGAUGCUUAAUAAGAACCCUGAUGCCAGGAUCACCAUCCCGGAGAUUAAGAUGCACCCUUGGGUAACCCAGAACGGUUCCUGCCCUCUGCCCCUGGAGGAGGAGCACUGCACGGUGGUGGAAGUGACCGAGGAGGAGGUGCAGAACUCGGUCAAGUUUGUCCCCAGCCUCUCGGCAGUGAUCCUGGUGAAGGCCAUGCUGAGGAAGCGCUCGUUCAGCAAUCCCUUCGAGUGUCCCAGCCGGAGGGAGGAAAGGUCCAUGUCAGCCCCAGGGAACCUGCUCAUGGACAGGCGGCUGUUCCGCUCCUCUUUAAAACUGCACCCGUCGUUAAGGAAAGGCAGCAGUGGAGAGGGCAGUCGGGAAGCGGAGCUGGAAGACCUGCAUGAGGAUGAGGCUUCCUCCUGAGCGGAGAGACUCUCAGCUCCUACCAUAGUAACUGCUGCUUUGUCACCUCUUCUUCACUCUCACCCUCCCCAGUCUCCUUGAACUGUUCACUCAUUAUCUCCAGUCAUGUAGGGCUGUCCUUCAUAGCAAAACCAAAGCUUCUCCACACUGGGACCCUUUUCGUGUGGCGAGCGCUGUUGCCGGCAGAAUUCCUUGUGAUUCAGUACUUUGAGUGUAUGGAGAAUGCUUGUUUGCUUGCUUAUUCUGAGAAGCUCCACCUUAGUCCAGCAUGCAUCAUGGGAAUGCCUGACCGUGUCAGCAGCUUCAGAGACCACCGAAGAAAUGUCUGGCACCUGGUACGGACUUGCCCAGGAGCUUUUCUGUUUUCUGAAAAGCAGCAAGUUUUCUGAACAGGAGCAGCAGCAGCAUCUUCGCUGGCAAGAUGGCUUGGACCAGAUACUGGGUACAGGAUCUCCAGCUGUGUUCUUUGAGGUGGAACAUGGAAAGUGAGGCCUUGCUAAGAAAGGAGUGGAGCCACACACUGCAGAUCCCCAGCUCUGCUAGGUGGAGGCUUUGCAUUGGGCGUACCCCAGGGCCUGAAGCUCAACACUCGACUCCACCUCAGAGAUCGCAGUGUGUAUAGACUGCAUGUGUUUUCACUGCUCUGUGGCUAGUUCUAAGACAAUUUGACGGUGCCAUCAGAACACAUUUUCUCAUUAGUUGCCUUUUAAUUUGAAUUCCAGAGAAUGACCCUUUUCUCAGAGGCACAACAGCUACUUUCUAAGCAGAGAAGCCAUUGGUUGUGCAUAAGAAGGGGAGACGUACGAUACAUAUAGCUGGUCUAACACCUAUAUGUAUCAUAUGUAGUGCAAUAUAUCAGCUUCUCAUGUUCGCAUCACUUUGUUUUCUUUACCUUUCCUCUUUUUUCUUUCAUCAUAUCUGCCAUGGUAACAACAGAACGGCAUUCUCAUUUCAGGUUUUACGUUUUUUUUUUUGUUGACAAGCCAGCCAGUCGUCGUUAAUUUCCCAGUGUGCCAAAGUCUUGAAAUCUUGUUGGCUGUGAAGCACGUCCAUAAUUUUUCGCUUGGUGAACGUACCGGUCAAUGCAGCUUGAUGAUGGGAGUUGUAGCCAAGCAAAACUACUUUGGGAAUCAAAGAACCACUUUUAUGUGCAUCUGCGAGGUUAAGCUUCUUAAUGUUUUGUAAUGCAUGUUUUGUAAAAAAACGCAAAUGAACAAUAUUAUUAUUUCAGUUAUUGUUGUUAUGCACUGUAGCUCUGCUCAGAAACUACUAUUGAUCCAUGUCUUCGCAGCAAAAUUGAGGCAGAAACCAAUCAUCACGGGAAUUUGUGUAGGCACUCAGUUCUUAGCAACCUGACCUUGGUUAUGUACACCGUGAGAAGCAUCAUACUGCUGACUAACUAGUUGGACCGCGGCUUUGCCUGUGACUGACAGUCACCAUAUUAUGGUAACUCCCACGUUCAUCUGAAGCAGUAUUGCAUUCAUUACUUUUUUAAUAUCAAAUAAGUGGGUUUUCUUUGUUUCACUGCCCACAUUGUAAGCAGAUAAGUUUAAUAGAGGUUUUGCUUGAAGCUAUAUUUUCACUUUUUUUUUUUUUUUUUUGUUAAGAUUUGGGCAACAAUCUGUAGAUUAAAGUGACAUUGGGUUGCUUGUCUUUGUGAAGAGGCAUUAAUGUCUGUCUUAAAAAAUCUGUGUACAGACUUAACAGUAUGUUGAAAGAACAGAAAAAAGAAAAUCCAAUGUUCUAAUACAGGUGGUCCUCAACUUGCGAUGGAGUUCUGUUCUGACAAGAUGUAAGUUGCAAAUCACCUUAAAUUAUAUGAAUCAUAAGAAUAUGCUGUGUAAACAGUUAACAUCCAUAAAUACUACAUUGUAUAACAGAGCUUAUGUUAUAUUUUUCAUAGUUUCACAGAAAUAAAUUAUACACACACACACACACACACACACA